AUGGCACCUUAUGCUCAUCUGGCGGUUUAUAAAGUAUGUUUUGGUCUAGAUUGGCCAGAGACUGACAUCUUAACCGGGCUUGAUGCUGCAGUAGCUGAUGGAGCUGAUGUGAAUGAAGUAAAGUUCAAUGAAUAUGCAUUUGUUGUUGUAUCAGCAGGGUAUGAUCGUUCCUUACGUGCCUGGGACUGUAGAUCUCACAGCACUGAGCCAAUUCGGAUCAUUGACACCUUUCUAGACAGCGUUAUGUCUAUCUGUUUAACAAAAACUGAGAUUAUUGUUGGAAGUGUUGACGGAACUGUACGGACAUUUGACAUCCGGAUUGAUGGAACUUUUGAAAGGAGUAGAAAGAGGGGCAUAACAGUCUUUUCAUAUUAUGCUUGGAGUAGUGGAGAUCAAGUUGAUGUUUGGGUACAAGAUAGAUGGCAUGAAGCAAUUGUUAUGGACACAAAUAAGAUUGAUUUGACUUCUUUAACUGUCCAGUUUCCUGGUAGGUCAUGGCAUGUGAGGCCAACUCUUGUCUGGAAGAAUGAUAAGUAG